CAACUCGAUAUGCAAUAUUUGAAUCAAUGAAAUUUUGGUUGCUCACCACGGUGGAAAAGUCCUAUAAUUUUUCAGACUUAAACAUCCUGUAUGUUUUUAAUUGAAGAAGCUCACACAAAUGUGUUUAUUGUAAAUGGUUAUGUUUCAUAUCUUUGUUUGAAGAGACCACUGUUCAAAUCUCAUUACUGAUGUAUUUUUUUGUAAAUAAGAAAAUAAUAAAUGACUGUGAAGACGAAUCUACCCUUUCUACUUUCACUCUGGAUCUUCAAGUUUUCUCAUUUGGCUUUUAUUUAUUAUGUAGAUGUAGAUGGUACAAGGUAUGGGUGGCUAUCCGGUCCAGUCCGGUUAAACUGGCCAAAAUUGACCCGAUCCUAGUCCCGUUAUUUUGGAAAUAUGGGGACCAAAAAUUGGAUUGUGUACAGUCUGGUUUUAACCCAGUCCGGUUCCAAUCCGGUUUUGACCUGGCCGUUGCUCUCCUCCAUUUUCAGAGUUUUUCAUCGAACUAGGCGACUGAUGCCUGCUUAUCGACUUUUUAGAGUUCGGCGGCUGCUGCCAGCUGGUCGGCGAAGGGUGGCGACCUGGGAUGGAGCACGACGAGCUGUGAACAGAGGACGACGAGCUGUUGAUGGAGCGGAGGCUGAAGAUGUGGCGGAGCGGUCGCUGUAGCGAAGCCGUUGAAAGAGUAGUCGCUAUGACGGAGGCGGGGGUCGAUGUGAUGGAGGGUAACGAGUUAUGGUAGAGCAAAGGUCGGGUCACGUCGCGGUUGCUGGGUCGGAGUGGAGGCGCAGUCGUCGUCGCUGGGUCGAAGCGGAGGAAAGAGUGGAUGCGCAGUCGUAGUCUCGCCUAUUGAUUUUUAGGGUUAAGAUUCGAUGGCCGUUUGGGAUUCCCAAAGAACGGAAAUGGAUUGGAGGUGAUGGACAAAUGGAGGGUAAUAGAUUGGAGUGGAGGCGAUCCGCCACAACGCCACUGCAUAACCCUACAGAACAAAAGGGGUGGGUAGACUAAGGUUGGGCCUAGGGUUAGUGGGCUCAAGGAGGACUGGGGUGUGGUGGACUCUCUUGGUCCUGGUGGGUUUUGCCCUUAGGUCUGGGCGCGCUUUGUUUUUGGGUCAGUUUUUGAGUUGUCCGGUCUUUCGGUUUUAACACGGUUUUAAUCAGGAUUAGAUUGGUCCGGGUUUUUUACUAAUUCUAGGACCAAAGACGGGAUUGGAUUGUUUUAAAUUCGGUCCCGGUUAUACGAUCCGGUUUCUGGUUUUACAUCCGGUCCCGAACCAAAUAGUCAGCCCUAGUACAUGGGGAAGGGAUGUAUAUGUGUAUAAAUAAUGGCAAAGAGGUUCCGACUGCUUUUGCCAUUAUUUAUCUUGUAUUUUUUUCUUUUAAUAUAGGAUGGUUUUAUCGUACACCAGACAAAACAUGGUGUAUGUCGUACACCAAGCAAUCUCCACCAUCCGCAUCCAUCUCAACGGCCAGCAUAAAUUAAGUAAUUUAUUUUUGAAUCUCAUAAAAAUGAACCCACAUUAAUGUUGGUCGUUGAGAUAGACGUGGACGCUGGAGAUUACUGGUGUACGACAUACCCCAAUAUAUGUCUGGUGUAUGAUAGAAUACUUAUCAGGUCGAUUGAUAUUCCGAUUUCUAUCGAAAUAUUAUCAACACACUCAAUUUAAUCGAGUAGUCUCUAGCGAUCGAAAUAUGGAUUUCUCCGAAACGGGAUGUUACAUCGUGCUUUACUUUUAAGAAGAAUUUAGAAAGUCGGGCCACCUCAACCUCGCGACUGUUUUUCAAAAAAACAAGAUCUUCACUAUCUGAGUGAUGGGAUUUGAAAGACUUGAAGGCAUGUUUUUCCAAUAACAAAAAAUGAUGUUUGUUAACCUAGUACACAAUAUAAAGUACUAUUAUUCCUUCGAGUAAUAUAUUUGAGGGAUUUAUAGGCUAUGUGACAGAUGUGUAGAUGGGUGUUGGGUCGUGCUUGGGCCGGCACGUCACGAGCACGUUUUGGGCUCAUUUAUUUCGUGUCGUGCUUGGCACGACUCGUCAGUUUUUGUGUCGUGCCAUGCAAGCCCAUUUGUUAACUUUGUUAGGCCCGGCCCAGACCCGGGCACGGUUCGAAUCGUGCCGUGCCUAUUCGUGCUCGUGUCGUGCUCGUAUUUGUGUUUAAUGAAAAGGACGAAAACAAAAGAGAGAAUGAAAAGGAAGGUGAAAAUUGGACGGUGGAAUAUAGUAUUAACUAUUAA